AUGGCCAGUCUGCCGAGCUUUCGGGUGCAGCAAGUGAAACCGUUUGCAAUAACCGGAGUCGAUUAUGCUGGACCAAUUACGUUGAAGGAAGCACGUGGACGAAGGUCGGUUCCGAAAGCAGCAUACAUUUGCCUGUUCGUCUGCACCACGACAAAAGCGCUCCAUUUAAAGCUCAGUUCAGAUUUGUCCACAGAAUGUUUUCUGAUGGCAUUCACUCGAUUCUCCGCCAGACGCGGACCCAUCAAGGAAUUACACAGUGACUGCGGGACUAAUUUUGUCGGAGCGUCACGAUUGUUGAAUCCCUUACAUCAAUUCACUCAUUCGAAAGGUUUUCAAGAAAGUGUUCAUAAUCACCUCGCUAAACACCAAAUAACCUGGCACUUCAAUCCUCCCGCCUCUCCCCAUUUUGGGGGUUUAUGGGAAGCCGGAGUAAAAUCCGCAAAGUCAUUAAUUCUUCGGUCCGUUGGAUUGCACAAAUUGACAAGUGAGGAAUUUUUGACACUUCUCACGCAAAUUGAGGCAACAUUGAACUCUCGCCCAUUGUGUGCUAUCAGCAACGAUCCAGGUGACUUGGAUGCGUUGACUCCCAGCCAUUUUUUGACUCUUGAACCUUCCACAUCGCUUCCAGAACCAAGUCUUGUCAAUCAACCGAUGUCAAAAUAUCAGCGAUGGCGCCUCAUUACCGAUCUACAUCGCCAUUUCUGGACCAGAUGGAAGAACGAAUAUCUCAGUAGUCUUCAACUUCGGAGAAAAUGGUCAGAACCAGGUCAAGAAUUACGAGUUGAUGAGCUUGUCCUCGUGAAAGAAGCGACACAUCCUCUUCGUUGGCGGAUUGGACGAAUACGUGAGCUUCAUCCUGCCUCCGAUGGUACUUCCAGAGUGGCCACUCUAGACACUACCUCUGGACCGUUGACACGCCCAGCUGUCAAGCUCUGUCCACUCCCAAUGUCUUGA